AUGGCAUCACACAGUGUACCUACGCCUGUAUGUGACUGGGCCAUAUAUUUAUGGAUUCCUGCAGCCGAUAUUCGUUCAACAUACUCUCUCCAGUAUACUGGACAUGAUAAGUUUCCUACGCCUGUAUGUGACUGGGCCAUAUUCGUAUGGAUCCCUGCAGCCGAUGUUUGGAAAUUGGGCCUUGCAACGCCUACUAGGACUCACAGCCUAUGUUGUGAACCUUCUAGAUAG